UGGUAACGAUAGAAUAAAUACAAAUCGUGAUUUAAAAGGAAGUUUUGUUAUAUUAUUAAGAACACAUCUUUAUAUAUAUGAAAAUGGAGAAUGAACGGGAUGCUUGUUGAACAGGAGCCCCUGGGCAAGGGUGCACUGGAUGCGCUGAGCGAGGAAGAGGCGCGUGCCGAGCGCAAGCGGCGCCAGAGACUCGCUCAAGAAGAGUUCCGUCUGAAGCAGCUGGUCAAGCAGCAGCCACUCGAUGACAAACAAGAGCUGGGUAGAAACAGCAGCAGUUUCGACAAGCUGCUGAUGGAUAUACCGACGCAGGACAUUAUGAUUGAAGACACUGGUGAAGAGCCUUCUAAGCGGAAAUCUCCCGCGCCCGAUGGCAACAGCGCCAAACGACGCAACACCUUGAGCAAACUUGAUAUAGUCCAAACCAAGUGACAAGAAAACAAGCUCCCACCUAUGAAUCUUGCAAUUGUGGAAGCGAGAAGACUCACUACCAGGAGUAGAGGUGCCGGGUACUAACAGCUACAUGCUACAUCACUCUUACUAGAGAUAAUGGUGGACCUCGGGUUUUUAUAUCGCUUUAAGGUUAACGUAGCUACAUCUUUCCUUCCACAGUGACAAUGCUUGCAUCAAGCGUCCAUUGUACAAGCACAGGGAUCAAGUUGGAAUAAUAUUAAUGUACUUCAAUGCUAGGCCUAAAAGGUUAGGGUAAAGAUAUUUCAAAUAAUUUAGAAUUACUUUUUUUAAUAUGUAUACAUCGGAAAUGAAGAGGUCUUUAUAGGAUUUUAAAUGGUUAAUUAGGAUCAUACAUGCUGGAAAAAGUGAAUGAAGCUUUAAUUAAAUCAUAAAUCCAAUGUCAGCAGAAUCAUGUAACAUACAGAUGUUUAUUUAGUAAAAAGUUUAUCAAAAGCAUAAUAUUUUGUAAGGUAAAAUAGUUGUUUCUUAGUUGCCUCUAAAGACUCAGAACAUAGAAAAUAUAUAUAUUUACAUUAUAAAGGUUUAAAAUAAAACGCUUUAUUUAUA